AAAAUAUCUUGCCAUUAUCGCUCUCAAAAAUACUCUCAUAGUAUCUCGCAAUUUAUACCAGGGAUUAGAGGAAAAUGACUCGCGAUAGUGCCAGACCUUGCGACCUCAACGUCUACUUCGCGGCGUUGAAAUUGCAAAGCCAACCCACCGUUGCAUGUACUUCCUCAGUAUCAGUUGGGGAAAUAUCAUCCCAGUUAUCGACGCAGACACUUGAAAUUGACCAAGAAACGAGUUUGACGGACCAGCAACAGGAUCCAAAGCAAAGUGAUCAGUCAGGCGAACGUGAUCUCACCGCCCGCUUCGAGGGCGAGCACUCUACAGUAGAGGACAACCAUUACCUGCAACCCGGCCAUGAAUUACUUGCAGAGGUUUCGGAUUCCUCAUCUUACAAUGCUCCAAGCUACUGCAGAAAUCAAAGUUUUCUUUCAGGCCUUCGCCUACGAUCCGGGAAGCUCAUCGGGAGCAACAGUGAUAGUGAAAAUGAUGAGGACGUUGAUGGCAAUUUUGGACGAGACAAUGUCUACGACAGCGAUCUGGAUUCAACCUCGGGCAGCACAGAUCAGCAAAACCACGCUCGGAAAAUGAGAAAGUGGAGGGGACUUGCCAAAGGGCGAUUCGAAAGAAUGCUUCUCGAUUGCAUCGUCAACACAGACAAUAUCGCACCAAACUAUCGGGACAUUUUUAUUGAUCCCUCCAUCAUCAACAAGCUGGAGCAAGUGACUUCGCUUUCGCUCUUACGGCCGAAAGCUUUCUCUUGUGGCGUGCUCAAGGGGAACAAAGUCACAGGAUCUAUUCUCUAUGGCCCCCCCGGCACGGGCAAAAGCAUGUUGGCUAGAGGCAUGGCAAAACAAUCAGGAUUUAACAUGCUAUCUAUCUCAACAUCUGAGGUCUGGCAGAAGUGCCACGGAGAAGACGAAAAAAUGAUCAAGGCUAUCUUUUCUCUCGCCCGAAAACUAUACCCUUGCAUCGUUUUCGUUGAUGAAGCUGAUGCAAUGCUUGGUGCGCGCAAAGCUGGCGAGAAGAGACAUAUCAGAUCGAUGUUGAACCAGUUUCUCAUGGAGUGGGACGGCUUGAUUACGGACACCAGAGCUCCCUUCGUAUUACUUGCUACAAACAGGCCGUUCGACUUAGAUCCGGCUGUUCUUCGACGAGCGCCUGUGCAGAUACAUCUCAACAUUCCCACGCAAGAAGAGCGAACCGGGAUACUGGGCUUGUUGCUCGAGGGUGAGACGCUGCAGCACAUUAAUACAGAUCACAUCGCCAAAUUGACCCCGAACUACACUGGGUCAGAUCUUAAGAAUCUCUGCGUCAUGGCUGCUACCAACUGUGUAAACUCACAAUUGCGCGAUACAACCGAGCGGAUCUUGACAAGGGAACACUUCUACACGGCAAUUCAGACUAUCAGCGCAACCAGCAUAGGCAGAGUGAGCGCGAACGAAUUCAAAAGAUUCGAGGAGCGGCUGCAGGGGAAUAAUGACGGCUCAGCGAGAGAUGCAGACGAGGACUAG